AAUGAAUAAUAAACCUCUUUGUUUGUCGGUUACAUUUUGGUAACCGAGGGUUUUAGGGAGUAACCGGAGAAGCGACGGUAGCUUUUCUAUCGAUCAUCAAUGGCGGACGAAGAUUACAAUGACCUCGAUAUGGGAUAUGAAGAUGAGCCACCAGAACCCGAGAUUGAGGAAGGUGCCGAAGAAGAAUUGGAUAAUAAUAAUGAUGAUGUUCCUGGUGAACCUACUGAAGCUGAGGAAAAGGAAGAUGAAGAACCCGUUGAACGUGCGCGUAAAACCUCAAAAUUUAUGACAAAGUAUGAACGUGCUAGGAUUUUGGGCACACGUGCCCUCCAAAUCAGCAUGAAUGCUCCUGUGAUGGUCGAGUUGGAGGGUGAGACUGAUCCACUUGAGAUUGCAAUGAAGGAGCUUCGUGAGCGGAAGAUACCAUUCACCAUCCGUCGCUACCUGCCAGAUGGAAGUUAUGAGGACUGGGGCGUUGAUGAACUGAUUGUGGAGGACUCUUGGAAGAGGCAAGUUGGCGGUGCGUGAUUGAUCCGUGUGGGUGUUGUCACCAUAUGUGAGAUAAUGGGUUUCAGCUGCAUAGCGAUUAGCGGCUUAGUUCCCAUUUAUGCAGCAGUUGUGAAAAGGAAAACAUGACUACUAUUGUUUUGUUGCAUACUCUCUUCUCUAUAAUAUAUUGGAAAGGACCCUCUGUUAUUGUAUUGACCAUCAUUAUUUUAACUAUUAUUAACCAAUGCCAUAUCAACUUGACUUUCA